AUGAUAAAUUCGAGAAACAAACUUAGCGUCUCGAAUAAGAGCCCAACCAACAAUGUCGGUCAUGCUGCAUCAUCAUCCAAUACAACCAAUAACAAUCAAUCAACAAAACCGCCGGGAUUUUUGGAUCGAGCUGGAAAUGAUGUCAAUCAAAUCGGAGAAAAAAUUAAUCAUGCUGUGGACUAUGUUCUUGGUAAUCGUAAAUCAAAACUUAAAUCAUGUUCUGAAGGUAUUCAUUGUCUUAUUCAAUCUUCUGAAAAUGAACUUGAUCAUAAUGCAAAAUAUUCACAUCCAUGUCGAUUUGCUGAUCGUUGUCAAAAUCCAGAACAACAUUUAACACAUGAACCUCAUCAAGUACCUGAUUGUCCAUCCGAUAAGAAUUGUGCGAAUUUAACUAAUCGUAUUCAUCGAUCGCAAUUUCAUCAUACAAGCUGCCCGUUUUUCCUCAUGCCAUGUCAUAGUGAAAGAUGUCACAAUAAGUCGAAAGUGGAUCUCACUAGAUAUUCACAUGGUGAAAAAAUUAACGAACCAGGAGGAGCUGAACGAUCGCAAGCAAAUUCAAUCGAUCCACCGAUACAAAAUGGUUGA